AUGGCUACCACCAGAAGGCUGGGCUGUGUUUUCAACUCCAUGGAAGGUGAGGAUCAUUUUUUGAACAUCAGCAUUAAACUCUGGACAAUAGGCACCCAUCACAAGAAUUUCUACUCACACCUGGCUGCACCCUUAGUGAGAUGAUAGACACUCUACACCCUGCGUCUCCUUGACCAUACCCACCUGUGUCACAUUAACUCCCAGAAGCUCAGUCUCAAAAACAAUGAACAACUAUACGGAUGUGGCAGAGUUCGUCCUGCAGGGAGUCUCUGGGGAUCCUUGGUUCCAGGCUUCUUUCUUGGCCUUUUUCUCCAUUUUCUAUACUAUGGCUGUUACAGGAAACACCCUCAUUUUCAUGGCCAUCAGCCUGAACCCAAGUCUUCACACCCCCAUGUACUUCUUCCUUGCAAACCUGGCUCUGAUGGACAUUGCCUGUACAUCCACUGUUCUUCCCAAAAUGUUGGAAGGUCUGGUGGGGAAAGGCAGCCACAUCUCUUAUAAGGGAUGCUUGACCCAGAUUUUCUUCCUAUCCUGGGUUCUGGGGGCUGAGCUGCUGCUGCUCACAACCAUGGCCUAUGACCGCUAUGUGGCCAUCUGUCGCCCACUGCACUACAGCAUGCUGAUGAGUCGGCCCAUCUGUGUCCUGCUGGCGGGCAGUGUGUGGGCCAUCAGUGCAAUCAACUCAUCUGUGCAUACUGGUCUGUUAGUACGACUCCAUUUCUGUGGCCCCAACCAAAUCCGCCACUUUUUUUGUGAAAUCCCAGCACUGCUACUGCUGUCUUGCAGCCCGACCACCCUCAACAACAUCAUGGCUAUCAUUGCUGAUGUUUAUUUUGGUGUGAUCAACUUCCUGUUUACCAUGGUAUCCUACAGCUUCAUCAUCGCCAGCAUCCUACGCAUCCGCUCUGCCGAGGGUAAGAGGCGCGCUUUCUCCACCUGCUCUGCCCAUCUGGUGGUGGUCACCUUGUAUUACUCCACUAUCAUCUAUGCCUAUGUGCAGCCUGGAUCUGGAUCCUCCAUGGAAAAUAGCAAGGUGGCUGCCUUAUUGUACACAGCAGUCAGCCCUACUCUGAAUCCCCUCAUUUACUCUCUGAGGAAUAAAGAUGUCAAAGUGGCCCUCAGAAAGGUGUUUCCCCGCAUCUGUUGAGGAGAUAGAAAACACUGGUGUGGCUUGAUCCAGCUGUUGAUGAACUAGUUGGAACCUAUGACUAAGAAUCUGAUUCCAUGGGAAGGAACAGAGUGAAAUUUCUGUGACAGAUGUAUUCACAAUGUGCCUGUCUUGGAGGAGCCACUGGUCAUUUCUUUUUGUUAGCUUGAGCAUCCAGGUUUGGGACAAACUGAAUGUUUGUAGUCUGGUGUCACUGAUGUAGGGAUUUUGGGAUCCUAUGUUGGUGAAACUCAUCCAGACCCUGAUUUAACUUCAGAAGAACUGUGUCUGGUUGGGGGAGAACGUAGAGUGGGGGGGGAGGAGAAAGGAAGAAGGGUAGGGGCAAGGAGAACUUGAGGGAAUGGUAUGGUUAAGAUGGAGGGAGGACAGCGAUGGAAGCAUGGAAAGAGAUAUCUUGAUUGAGCGAGCCAUUAUGGGGCUGGCAAGAGACCAGGAAUUGUAGAGACUCCUAGGAGUCCACAAGGAUGACCCCUGCUAAGAACCUAAGAAAUAGAGGAGAGAGUACCCAAACCGGCUUUGCCCUAUAGUCAGAUAAAUAUCUUUUUUAAGAAACAAAUUAUAGGCUAAAACAAUCAUAUUUCAAUAGCUAUAAUUACUUAAAUGUCAUCACAGAACCUUCAUCCAGUGGCUGAUGGAAGCAGAGGCAGAAGCCUGCAGCAGAGCACUAGCCUGAGCUUCCAAAGUCCAGUUGAAGAGUGGGAGGAGCAAUAAUAUGAGCAAAGGGGUCAAGACCUUAAUGGAAACACGCACUGAAACAGUUUACCUGAGCUAACGGGAGUUCACCAACCCCAGCUGGACAGGGAUGAUCAGCAUAGGUCCCAACUAGUGCCUCUGAAUGUGGGUAACAAUUGACUGCAGGCCACUGGCAGUGUCACCAGGAUUUGUUCCUAUUGCUUGUUCUGGAUUUUGGGGACCCUGUUCUCUUUGGAUGGAUGCCUUGCUCAGCCUGGAUAUAGUGUGGAGGACUUUGGACCUUCCCCAAAGCAAUGUACCUUGUCCUCUCUGAGCAGUGGGUGGUGGGUUGUGUGGGAGGAUAGGUUGAGGAAAUGGGAGGAUGGGAGGGAGGGAGAACUGGGAUUACUAUGUAAAAUGAAAGAAGAUAGUUUGUUUUAAUAUCUAAGAGAAAUACAAUGAAAGAAAUUACAAAAAGCAUUUAAUAAAUUCAAUGGAAACAAAAUAAUAUACGUAAUUCAGACUGUGUUUUUCAACCUUUUUGUGCUUUUUGAUAAUAUUUGAUAAUAUAUCUUUAAAGACUUUGCUUUUUAACCUAUUUCUUUUUAUGACUAUCUA